GUGCGGACGGGCACGCAGUGUACAUAUGCGGAUCGAUUCAGCCAUACAUGCAAUCGUCUGUCGGUCCACCCACCAUCACACCGUAGCAGCGAUACCCAGAACACAACAGUCACACUCAGGACAGAAUGCAAACACAUGAAGACACAGACACCCACACUAGAGGGCAUGGGACACAAAGACCUAGUGAGGUAGCGGUCGAUCAACACUACUAUGCAGCAAUGCAGGCACUCUGACGGGGCACAAUUGAUGGCACACAGACACGUGAGGACACAUCUCUGAAAGUCACACGCAGCAGCACCAAAAUGGAACAUGAAGGGCAGGAAGCGUCAGUACGUUUAAAAAACCUCCAACACCUCUAUCUCGUCAGUAUCGAACACCCCACCACCUCCCAAAAGCGCCCGACCUACUCCGUCCAUGUCUCCCUGGUAGCCAGCAGACACAUCCUCUGCGCUGAUGAAUUGAUGACAUCGGUUGAGGUCAUCCCCGGCCCGACCCACUCCCGGUGGCCACCAUCCUAGCAGCAGAUGCCCCCCAAUGAAAAUGUAGCACUGCCCAUACGCGGCGCUUGACAGGCUGCUGUUCCUCCCCGCCACAAGCAGGCUAGCUCUGGGGGCGUCGUGGCCUAUGAAUUUCCGAUUCGGAUCCCGGUUGAUUUCGAUUAUUGCUGGAUGGUCGCCGAGUUGAAAGUAGCACACCCGACACUGCCACAUGGCUUGCUGUGCUGGCGGUUCGGGCAUGGUGAAGUCGACGAAGCAUGCAAAGCGGCGUUCACGAUUGCGGACCCUCACACGGAUUGCAAAGAGGAGGGGGCCGUGGCCAACCACUCGGUCCAGGAGGUCUACAUGUCUCCAGCCGUCUCGAGAUGCACUGCAUUACGAAAAGACUCUAGACCAUUUCACGUCUUUAUUUGUGCAGUAGCCUACCGAUAGAGAAGCCGGAAUGACUUGGGUGCCCCCAGGCCGUUACAAAUGACUCUCAUGUCCCGCACACCACGGAUGACCUGCCAGCAACAUGUUACAGAGGUCUUGCAGCGACACUUUGCGUGCCUCACCUGGCUGUUGCAGCUCGGCCGGAAGAAGAAGGACGUGAGCGAGCAGCCACCCAGGAUCGCUGACAGGGCUAUUGCUACCUGUAUACGACGCAGAGAGGCUUUUUGCAAUGGUCGACCGAGUCUGUUGCUGAACACCUACCAGCGUGCUGUUGUCGGUCUCCCUGCUGUCUCCUGAAUCGCCGAUCAGCUCGCGCACGCGUACACCUUGCUGGUCGAAGAGGCACGUUGUGCUGUUCAUCACGAACAGGUCUCCGGCGGCAACUUUCACGGUCAGGUAUUGGAGGCUCAGGCGGCCCUCGUCACACAUGAGUCGGUUGCGGCCAUGGAUGAUGAGAAUUGUCUCGUCCGACGCGCCCUUGAUAGUCAGGUUGCGCUCAGGGAUGGACAUUUGGUGAUAACACGUCGCUGGUGCCCCAUCGCUGCAUCUGUGGGUCGACGGCUGGGCUCCCAUGUUGAUGUGCAUGCUGGUGUUAAUUUCGUGGUAGCCGCUCGUCAAGUAGAUGUGGCGGGCUGACGCGUUGCCGACUAGUGGUGCCUCGAUUGCGGCCUCCAGCGUCUUGCAGAGCCUCCCAUCGUGUUCCGCCUCAAGUUCCCAAAUGUGGUGCUUAGCGUCUUCAUCACUCACCACCACCAGCCAGCCCUUCUUCAGCAAAUCCUCGGCGUGGCUCCUCUCCCUCAUUUGCAUGUCCUUGAACGCAUUGUCUGCUGGAGCGCCGAGGUUGGAGGCGACAGUGGUGUUGAGCUUGCUCCAGCCGGCUGAGUGGCAGGUGGCCAACAGGACAAACCCCAAGGCCACAGUCAGGGUGAGGCAUAUGAACGACCACUUCAGCAGCCGCUUGAGGUCCUCGGCGUGUCUGCUGAUAGCCGCCUUGAGAUCUGCCGCGUGUGUGUUGAUGGUCACCAACGCCUGCUCUAUGCCGCCCUUCACAAUGGCGUUGAAGGUGCCAACAUGAGCAAGGAACGUCUCCAGGAGGGGAAUCAGCCGGCCGAUGGUAACUUCGCCCGAUCUCCUGCCGGAACUGCCGUACCUGCUCCACCAACCGGCCUACCGCAUCGCCGCCGACUUCGUGGCCCGUGUUUGCCAGACGGCGAGAGCCACGGCUGACAGCACGAGCCGUCACAGCACCCCCCACAACAGUGGCAGCUGCCGUGAGAGCUGGCACUAACCACCACACCAUCCUCGAGAAGCCGUGGGGCUCUCCUCUGCUUUUU